GCGGCGGCGGCGGGAGCCCGGGAGGCGGAGGCAGGCGGAGGCGGGCGGAGGGAGGUGGCGGCGGCGCGCGGAGACGCAGUAGCGACAGCGGCAGCAUGUCGGCCGGCGGAGCGCCAGUCCCGCCGCCCGCGAACCCCGCCGUGUCCUUCCCGGCGCCACGGGUCACCCUGCCCGUCGGCCCCGACAUCCUGCGGACCUACUCGGGCGCCUUCGUCUGCCUGGAGAUUGUGCUUGGGGCACUCGUGUGGAUCCUGGUCGCCUCCUCCAAUGUUCCUCUACCUCUGCUGCAAGGAUGGGUCAUGUUCGUGUCCGUGACGGCUUUCAUCUGUUCCCUCCUCUUCCUGGGCGUGUUCCUCUCUGGCGUGGUGACUCAGAUUAAUGCCAACUGGAACUUCCUGGAUCUCGCUUACCAUUUUACAGUGUUCGUCUUCUACUUUGGAGCCUUUUUGCUGGAAGCAGCUGCCACAUCGCUGCACGAUCUACGUUGCAAUCGAACCAUGGCUGUGCAGCCGCUCUUGAACGAUAACCAGUAUAACAUCAACGUGGCAGCCACAAUUUUUGCCUUUGUGACGACAGCUUGUUACGGUUGCAGUUUGGGUCUGGCCUUACGACGAUGGCGACCGUAACACCCCUUACAAACUCGCUGCCUGUGUGUUAGUUUCAUUUGUGUACUUUUUAUGUCUCAUCAAUUUGGGUACCAUUUUGUCCAGAUAUAACAACAUCCCCAAAGUAAUUUGUUUAGUAUAUGGAGAGAAUCUUAAGUAUGAGUUCUGGUUCAUUUCGUGGAUGGAAUUUUAAUUUCAGUAUGAUGUUAAACCGAGAAAUAGCCUUUCGUUUUACAUCUGUCUCUUUCUCUUUUUCUUAUUUUAAAGAAAAUUUCCCUUUACAUCCAUAAAAUACACAGAUAUUGUUCAUGAGAAAAAGGGGUAUCUCUUGUGUUUAGUUACUGAGUCACCUGAACCUUAAUUUUAAUAGGUAACUAAAACUCCUGAAGAAAAACACAUUUCAAAUAAACUUCCCACUGAACUCUGUGUGUUAGUGUAAAACAGAGAUCGACACUCUUUAAAGGUCCAGAUGGUAAAUGUUUUAGGCUUUGUGGGCCAUUCAGUCUCUGUCACAACUACUCACCUCUAUGGGUGCAUGAAAGCAGCCAUAGACAGUAAGUAAAUGAGUGAGUGUAGCUGUGUUCCAAUAAAUUUUUAUUUACAAAACCGGCAGCGGGCUGGAUUUGGCCUGCGGGCUGCAGGCUGUCGUUUGCGGACCUCUGGUGUAAAACCUUGGUUAUGGGUUCUGUAUUUUAUUGAACUGAUCCUCAAAGGUAUAAAGCGAAUUAGAGAAGCCACAUAGUAUUCAGUCUCAUGCAGUAAUUACAUUGCCUUUAGGUUAAUGGUCAAAUACUUACCCUUGAAGGGGCUAUAGUUUCUCAAGCUAAUUCAAGCAGAGUCUUGGGUACAGGAAAAAUGAAAUGAACCCUAGUUGCUUAAUCCACCUAAGUGUUUCCUAACAACUGAGCAAACUGCUCAUCUGGCGUCCUUAAAAUGAGAGCCCCAGAGACCACUAACCACUCCUGGAACUGGUAUCUAGCUCCUGAUGUCUUACUGUGGGUUUAUUUAUGCUUCAAAUGCAGCUGUUUGCCCUGUGCAUGAAUAUACAGAUAUUUAUGUGUGGAUAUGUGAGGCUUUACCCAGUAGAGCUCUCCAAAGGGUGAACUUUUUACUUCUAAUUCUUUUACAUGACUCUGAGUUAAAUGUGAACAGAGUACGAAAUAUAACUUCAAGUUGUAGAUCCUCACGUGUUUAGAGAACAGUCCUGACAUCUAUCGAAUAUGAAUAGCACAGAAAAGUAUUUUAACCCUCCUCAGAGACCCUGGUCGUGGUAACAUGCCAAAAAUGGCUUGAAGGGGAGAACAAGUCAGAGUUAGGCUCCCAGCUCACACCACCCGUCCAGACAAGAUACUUAUCUCUUGCCUCAAGAGGGCUAUACCUCUGGGAAAAGAGGGCUUUUGAAUAUUUUAUACUUUCAACCCUUUGCUUUUUGGCUAAAUCAUCCACUACAAGUGCCAUGUAUAAGCUGGGCUGUUAGAUUUCAUGGAACGUAGAACAAUCCUGAAUGAGUAGCAUAAUCAGUGCUCAAUGAUCAAAUCCUGUUUAUGUGAUAAUCCCUUAGAAAGAAGAAUCUGAUUAGGGUUUGGUUUGUGAGGUAACUACAGAGAUAAAAGGUAUAUUUACUAUGCGGCAAGAGGAUAUCAGUCUUGUGACUUUAUACUGAUGUCAUAGCUUUUCUAUAAUAUCCAACUUCCCUGGUUUUUCUAGCUCCAUGCCACACUCUUAACCCUGAAUUAUGAAUUGUAUAUUACAGAGUCAUAUAUGUGCCAUAAGGAUAUAUUGUCCAUUCCGACUAGAAUUGUUAAAAGUUAGUCUGCUAGAUUUAGUUGUGAGAUUGUAUUUUUGUUUCCAAGGUAUAACAGGUCCAUGCUUGGUGGCAUUAAAUUAAAUGAUCUCAUGAAACUGCUUUGGUGACACUUUUGUAAAUGGAUUGCUUCUAGAACAUUAAGAACCAAGCCUAAAACUCAUCUAACUGUGAAUACUUAGAAUUGUAAAUUAAUCACGAUCUAGAUUUGUGAGUUGACUGACAAAGCACUUGAACAAAAAUUACGGCAUUUGAGAAUUUCUUUAUAUAUCUUAGCUGUAAAAAUGAGGAAGCGUUGGUUGGUUUUAAAAUCUGGUAACUCCAUGAUGAAAAGAAAUUUAUUUUAUAAGUGUUAUGACUCUAAUAAAGUAUUCAUUUGAUAAUCUUUUGGGGUCAUCUUUUUUUAUACAAUUUACUUUGAAAUUCAGUUAAAGGUUUGAUAUAAACUUGACAUGUGGAGCUUCUAGACUCAUAAUAUAUAAGAGUUCUGCUUUAAACAUUUCUAUGUAAAAGACAGUCUCUCAGGAAAUGCCAGUAAAUCUUUUUUCUUUGGUGAAGGUUCAGGAGGUGAGUCUUUGGAGGUAAUAUUAUAAAGGAAGUUUAAAUUUACUCUAUUUUAUUUAAAAAGCAUUUGUGUAGGUAUAAUAUAUGCCAGGCAGUGUUCUAAGCGUUUUUUCAAAUAUUAACUCAUUUAAUCGUCAUCGUGACAACUCUAUGGAAUAGAUAUUAUUGUUGCAUUUUAAAGACGAGGGAACCAAAACAGAGACCUUAAGAACACCCAGGGUCAUGUACCUAGCAAGUAGGAAAGCUGGGAUUUAGACCUCAGCAGUCUGGCUACAAAGUCCAGGCUCUUCAUGGUCGUGUAUCACUCAGUUCUCCCGGAUUUUACAUAUUUUAUAUAUCCAAAAAUAUGACCCUUUUCUCCCAAAGAAGUUUUUAGAAGAAUGUUGACUACACAAAACUGUUUCUGACAGAUGUCAUCUUUUAGAACUUCUUUUUUGUCACGACCAAGGGCUCAUGAGUAUAGCUGUAAGAACUUAGGCGAAACCUGCAUGAUAGGGAAAAACUUAGGCCGCUUUGGUCUGCAAAGUUCUCCAGAGCGCUUAGCUGCCUGAAUGACUUCUCUGGUCCGUUAAUUCUGGUUAUGGACUAUGUGGCUUCCGUCUGCUCCAUUGCCUUGCGUCCAGUCAGUCCUUUCCUGAAUGAGCUUGGCUUUCUGCUCACCCCCCGGAACUGACAUCAGAAGGUUCUCUAGUCUGAGAUAUACCAUUAGACCUUUACACAUAGAGUGUGAAUUUACACCUCUUCAUGUGUCAGAAUCUGGAAUUCUGGGUCAUAGUCACAAAGGUUCUAUCCUCAACAUCAUGUUUCAAGUUUGUGACUAAGUGAACCAGUGUCUUAGGUGGCAACUUAAUGUAUUCAUGGGGGAGGGGUCCAGGGUUUUGGAGAGAGGUGAUCAUCUUUAGAACAUACGUGUGUGUGUGUGUGUGUGUGUGCGUGUGUGUGUGUGUGUAUUUUAAUGUUUUGAAAGCUCAGCUUUUUAGAGUGAGCAUGUAUUAAGCUGUGCCCCGAGCAAUAGGUCAAUACAAGUUCCUCUCUCCAGAGCCCUGUUUUCUCGAGCUUUUCAUGGCUUGCUUCCCCACCCUGUUUGGGUCUCAAGUCAGUUGUCACCGUUGUAGGGAGGCCCUCCCUGAGAACUGAGUUUAAACUUGAAUCUCACACCAGCACUCCCUGUUCUUAUUUUCUGCACUUUCUCCAUGGCACUUAUAUAUUUUCAAUAUAGCAUAUAUAGCAUAUAUAUUUUGUUUAUUUUGUUUGUCCUCUUCUCCACUGGAGUGUAAGACUUAUAGAAAGGAAUUAUUUGUUUCGUUUACAGCUUUAUCCUCAGUGCCUAGAACACAGCAUGGCAAAUAGCAGGUACUCAGUAAUUAUAUAGUGAAUCAGAGAAUGAAUGAAUAUUAAUGACAAUACCUUACUCUUGUGUUCCAAUCAAUAUAUUCUAUAAAAAUUGAUCUUAUCAGCACUUGAAAAGUUCUGGUAUAAAAUGGCUAGGUGUUUUUCACCUAGCUCUGAAUCUAUUUCAAGUGAAUCUUAACCUCAUAGGUUGUCUACUAAUUAAAUAUAUGUAUCAAUAUAUUACAAAAAUGUUAUAUAAUCAGUCUUCUAUAGCAGAGAAAAUAAUAACAUAAAAAUUAAACAUUCCAUAUAAACUUACUAGGUCUUUAUUCAAACAUUUUCAAAGAUGUCACUGUGCACUCAACUGACUUAGAUAAUCCUGAAAGCAUCAUCAGAACUAAGAACGAAUUGUCAAAGACUGUCAUUUUUCUAUAAUUAUGAUGGGAGUGGAGGGCUGUGGCUAGUAGUUGUGGCCAGAAAUUAUGAUAGUUACUGUUGUAAACCUAACAAGGGGUGGAGGUAUCUGUAUAAUGUGGCAUUUUGAUUUUUCAUGUCUCCCAACCCCAAGCUUUAUCCUUGGAUAUGUAUGUAUGAGAGAUAUUCUAGAUGAAGGCCAUUGCUGGAUUCCCUGUAUAUAGUUCAAUGUGCCGUUCUAAGUAGCCCUGAUGUCCUGGGUCAAUGUACAGUUUAGCUGAAGCAAUGACAUCCUGAUGCAUCAGUGUACUGGGCCGCACUGCUUUUUCAUGAAAUUACGCAUGUUAUUGAUCGUUAAAUAUGCCAUCUUGCUGAAUACAUUAAAACUUCUGUGUGGAAAUGUUUUGAA